AUGGCAGCAGCCGUCAGUCCAUUGCCACGCGCGUCAAGCAAUGCCAACGGUGGGGCGCAGCGCGAGACGAGCAGCGACAGAUGGGCCGCCGCUCUGUCCGUCAGAGAGUUACCAUCCAGCGCAAGCGUCCAGCUGACCACACCGUGUGCCUUGAGCAUUGCCGGGGAGCCGAGCUUCAGCAGCGCCUCCACUACCGCAAUGGCCUCCCUAUCGCCGAGGCUCAAUGCAUCCAACGCCAGAUGGGCACACGUGGGCGAAGCCGAGGAGUCUGCGGCACAGUCAACACGCACCCGUUGCAUGAUGCCGCCAACAAGCUGGGCACUCUGCGACACACCUUGGCGCCGAAGCUCGGUGAGCAGCAACUCCGAGAGCAUGGACUCGAAGCUUGGCGGUCCCUCCAAAUCCCGACCUGCAAACGCUAGAUCCUCCAACAUGUGA